AUGAACAUUAAGUAUUGCUCUGUAAGUGAAUUAUGUUUCUUUAUUGGUAGUUUCUCAUUAUUUCAAUUCGUAGAAAAUUCAAAUGUUUGGAUUUCAUUUCCCAAAUGGGGAAAGGUAUUUGUAAUUAUUUCUUUUGGUUUAUGGAGUUUAGGAACUAUGAUAUGUAUUAAAUUUAGUUUAGAUGUUUAUAAACAACCCGAAAAAGAUCCAUUGUUGGUGGAUAUUGAGAUUUCAAAUCAACCAUACAAUGGUGGUGGUAGUUUAGCUGGAUAUAAUACUUUUGAUCUCCUUAAUAAUAAUAAUAAUAAUAAUAAUAAUAAUAACAAUAACAAUAAUGGUAAUAAUAGCCAAAACUAUGAGGCUAUAUCGAUACCUAAAUAA